CAAAGGAGGCCAGAACUUAAUAGCUGUCAGUCCUGCUUCAAGUCACUAUGGUUAACCCCGAAAACAUGAUUAUGGAUGUUGAUCUGUUGAAAUGUACUCGACGAAUGUUGGAUAUCUUUUCAACGUUCACAGAUGCUUUAUUAUUUGACGAAACUGUUCUCAAGAAUGCUCUAAAACGAUACGAAACGCAAUGGUUACGAUUGGCGUCAAGAUCGGAUGGUCUGAGAAUUCUCCCACCUACAGAUAUUUAUCUUGUUUGGAUAAUACAUAUGCUCUUACCACAAACUUACGAAGCUGACUGUGAAAGAUUGUUCGGAAGGAAUGUUGAACAUAUUUUACUAAGCACUAAUAAACGAAGUAAAGCAAUACAAACUGCAGAAAAUCGCUGGCAGGAUGAAUUUAAUGACGUUUUCACAUUAAAUUUAUCUGAUGUUAAAACCUACGAUUUCGCAAGAGGAUAUCAACAACAAACCAGUUUCGAUAUUAUUGAAGGCGCACAAAAUCUGAGAAAUUUAAUUUAUCAACUCAACCAAACUCACUAUCAUGAUUCGAAAUUCAUAAGUACUGCUAUCAAGCGGUAUAAGAGAAUAAUUUAUCUUCAAGCCAGACAUCCCGAUGAAAAACUGAUUCCCUUAAAUGAUAUUAUAGCAGUUUGGUGUGCUCAUAGGCUAAUGCCAAGCAGUUAUAGAAUGUCAAUGAGAAAGAUUAUUGGUUCUCUUCCUAAACAUGAUUCUUACUGGCCAGAUGAAUUCAAGCAUGAUUCUGAAGAUGUUGAUACUUUUCAAAGAACACGUCAGUUGUGGAAGUCAGUUUAUGGUAAUAAAAAAUUCACUGUUCCUGGAGCUAUGUUCAGAGGUGAAAUACCGACAUCCAUGUUGUAUAAGAUGACAUUUAAAGAUUAUAGAGAAGUGGGUCUUACACCAGAAGCUCUUAAAAUCUGUGAUGUAAGAUUAGAUCUUGAGGCUGUUGAAAAGUUGGUAAAAAUUUACGAAAAUUCAAUUGAUGCUGGUAUUUCGCAUAGUCGUCUAAGUGUGGAGGCAACAUACUACGAUACCGAUGUCUACGAUAGCAGCUAUUACAUUUUAGACGAUGGAGAAGUAAGGAAAGGCGAAAUUGAACAUCAAACCCCUCUCUCUAUACGAAAUUUAUAUGAAGAAACCGGCCUAUACUUAAGUAUAGAAUAUUAUAUGAUAGAAAAGUCGACUGGGAAAACGUAUGAGGAGCAGCUAGCUAAGACAAAGUUGCCGAUAGCUCGUUUCUUUACCUCUGAAAGCUCUGAUGAAAAUGCUAUUCUCGAGUUAUCUGUACCAAUAACAUUUAAAAGCAUAAUUCCUCAUGAUAUGGAAAUUGGAGCAUUAAUUACUGCGACUGUCUCCGACUGGAAAGCAACGAAUAUCUCACUCCGUAUGACCGAAGAAGGGGCAUUUGAAGCAGUUCGAUCCAAGAAAGAUUGGCUAGACGUUUGGGGUCCUAUGGCUUUGCCUACACCGGUCAACGAUAGCGAUUUCUCUUAUUCCUUUGCAACGCAUAGGCUAUUUGAUACUGAAGAAGAAAUUAAAUUUACAGCAAAAGUUAUACAUUGCUUACCUCUAAGAAUGUCAGCCAUUCACAUAGGAAGAGACAACCGUAUGAUGGCCCUAGUGCAUAGUAUAGGUAAAGAGCACCUUCCACAUCCCAAACAGCUGUCGAAGCCGUCUGAAAAUGUAAGUCUAAAGCAAGAAGAAGGAGAGAGAGCAGUCAUUGUAAAGACGAUAUCUGGUGAUGAAGCCAUAGUGAAAGGUAUAUGGAAAGGUCACGAAAAUGGUCAUGAUGAAAUGGUCGUAACUAUAUAUUCUCUCAAACCAAAACUAGUUACAAAAACUCACCACAUACACCUGGACGAAAAUGUUAACCAUAUCGGCAAUAUUGCAUUUAAUUUCAGAAAACAUGUUAUAGAAGUAGGUGUGCCAUUCAAGCACUCGUCUUUCGAAAGUCAUUUGGGUAUAUCAUGGGGCUGUUUGCUUUUAUUGGCUUUAUGCGCACCAAACCCAGACAGGUAUAGCUCUGAACCGUUAUUAACAGCGGCUGGUCUUGGCUCACAAAUCCCUUCCAAUCAUUAUUUAUACAUGUACGAUGAUCAUAAUGAUAUUCCUAUAGGAGAUUCAAACUUUAAUCCUCUCUCUAAAUAUAAUGGAGUGCAUUAUCCAGAUGAAUAUUAAUUUCAAGCAAACUUUCAGAGUAAAAAUUAUAUUUUAUUUCUUUCAUAAUAAAGCGUUCAUAUCCUAUACAAAUUUUUCCAUUUUCAUAAAGUCAUUGAUCAACAAUCUAUAAAGUAAACAUAAACGAUUCUUAAGUUUUUUGUAAUACACUUCAGCAUAAAACUUAUUA